ACCUUCGGUAUCAAACACAAGUGGAACUUCUUAAUGCGAACUAUACCUAACAUCGAGCCUUUACUUUCACCACUUGAGGAAGCAAUUGUAAAGCACUUGAUCCCAGCACUAUCAGGUGGAAGAAAUCCCACUGCCAACGAGAGAGCCAUACUCGAACUUCCGCCAAGGCUUGGGGGACUCGGCAUAACAAACCCGUGUAAAAUAGCGGACAUGGAGUUCCAAAACUCUGUCAAGCUCUCAGCCAGCCUGACUCAAGCCAUAAUAACGCAAGAAACAUAUACACAGCCUGAUACAACACAACAAAAAACAAUCAAAAUGGAAAUUACAAAAAAUAGAGAAACAAAGCAGAGGGCACAACUUCAAGAACUAACCUCUAUAAUUACUGAGGAUAUGAAGAGAAGAAUGAGUAUCGCACGCGAAACCGGCGUCUCUAACUGGUUGACCAGUCUCCCCAUCAAAGUCAAAGGGUUUAGUUUAAACAAACAGGAGUUUGUGGACGCACUUGCCCUGAGAUAUGGUUGGCCAAUAGAGGACCUUCACCAGCACUGCACAUGCGGUUCGGCUUUCGACCCCAACCAUGCCAUGACGUGCAAGACGGGAGGCUUCGUUUGCAUGCGCCACGACGAGGUGAGGGACGUGACUGCACAAAUGCUUGGCGAGGUGUGCCGCGACGUGAGGAUCGAACCUCCCCUCAUCCCCACAGAAGGGCGCAACUUCUCACUCCAAUCCGCCAACACUGCAGACGACGCCAGAUUAGACAUCAGUGCCAACAGUUUCUGGAUACGAGGGCAACGGGCCUUCUUCGACAUACAAAUCUUCAACCCUAUGGUCACGAGCAACCGAUCCCAGGAACUCCUCUCUGCUCACACUAAGCAUGAGAACAACAAAAUGAGGGAGUAUGGCGAACGCGUCCGAGAAGUCGAGCAAGAGAAAAGGCAGCAACAGAAGAGCGCCGUCGUUGCAUGGAUGAGGUGUCGAUUGGCCUUCUCACUACUACGGUCUUCACAGCUCUGUCUACGAGGAACAAGGAACAAACCGGCAAUGUACACUAGUCUCAAGGAUUUAGAUAUAGAGGAAACUGUUGUAAAUAGUAGAAUAGAGAGAAAUAUGUAAUUGUAAACAAAAGUAAUAAAGGUUAAAAUACAUCUCCCUAAAAUAAGUUGGAUGUCGACCACAGCCAUUGGCGAGG